UAGUCUUGCCUUGUUCCGUCAGGUCAGAGGUCAGUGCGCGCGCCUCCAGCCCAUCCACAGAGAACAAGGAGCUGUUUGCGACUCAAUAAAAGUUCCAGGUCGACCAAUAUUCAGGUCUUUUCUUUAAAACAGGCCAGUAAAGCUACAAAGGAACUGCAACUAGUGGUGCUUCUCUUCGGGGAGCUCGCAGAUCGUUUCUUAGCUUAUCGGUUAGCCUAGCUAACCUCGUUAGCCACUUUAGCUGGCUGAUGAAGCAAUAGCUAACAACUAGCUUUAGCUCAACUUCAAGUUAGCUAACCGAAACUGACAUUUCUUUGACCGGAGCCCCGCAAACCGACGCAAACAUGCAGGACUUACUGGCUAACGUGGAUCACAUCAAGUUUGACCUGGAAAUCGCUGUGCAGCAGCAGCUAGGAGCGCAGCCCCUGCCUUUCCCCGGCAUGGACAAAUCCGGAUCUGCUGUGUGUGAGUUCUUCAUGAGAGCGGCUUGUGUGAAAGGUGGGAUGUGUCCGUUCCGUCACAUCAGCGGAGAGAAGACGGUGGUGUGUAAGCACUGGCUCAGAGGACUGUGUAAGAAGGGAGACCAGUGCGAGUUCCUCCACGAAUACGACAUGACCAAAAUGCCUGAAUGCUACUUCUACUCCAAGUUUGGCGAAUGUAGCAACAAGGAAUGUCCGUUCCUACACAUUGAUCCUGAGUCCAAGAUUAAAGACUGUCCCUGGUACGACCGAGGCUUCUGCAAACACGGUCCUGACUGCAGACACAGACACACAAGAAGGGUGAUCUGUGUGAACUACCUGGUGGGCUUCUGUCCAGAGGGGAAAUCCUGUAAAUUUAUGCACCCUCGUUUUGAGUUGCCCAUGGGGGCUUCGGAGCAGCCUCCUCUACCACAGCAAACCCAGAACCAGACGAAGCCUGUGCCCACCAUCGGCCGCUCGUCGCUCUCUCUCAUCCAGCUGACCAGCUCCAGUCCGGGCCAGAGGCCGAUGAACCACACACCAAUGGGGAUGAAUCAGCAAAACAACAUGUCUGGCAACAGAGGGCCUCGGCCACUGGACCAGGUCACCUGCUACAAGUGUGGCGAGAAGGGCCACUAUGCCAACAAAUGCACUAAAGGCCAUCUUGCCUUCCUGAGUGGACAGUAACCUCCAGCAUCGAGGUCACCACAGUGCUGUAGCUGAGCCCCCCACCCUCCUUCUGUGAGCUGAAGAGGAGCAGCAAAGGAGAGGAAGCAUGUUUGCCUCACAGGCUGAAGUUGAACUUAAAGACUUUAACUGCCACUGUUGUGUGUUUACAUGACUACAGACACAGGCAGUAGGAAAAAUACAAGCAAAGCUACUAUUUCUAUUUUUGCCAUUAUGGAUCCAUAACAAUGACGUGCGGGUUAGUCUACUGUUUUCUACGAUGUUUGUACUGUAUAGCACAUCGAAUAUUUAUAUACACAUCACACCCAGGGUCCAACAGAGGCGCAGUGCUGUGACAUGUUUUGCCACUUUUUGCAGGAUAUUCAAAUUUCCUCAAGUCAUGUAACUGCAUCAGUGACACCAGACCUCUUCUAUCCUGCUAAAUGUAGAAAAUCCGACUGUGUACAUGGUAUAAUAAUAAAAAAAAAAUUGUAGGAAUGUAAAUUACUGUUCGUACUCAACUACUGUAAUGAAUUGGAUUCCAGUUCCAUCUUGCAGUUGUUCGCAUGUUCUCGCUACAUCACCUAGUCUUCUGGUUUACCAGUGUCACACUAGACACAUUUUAGACUCACUGCAUCUACACAUUUGUAUUUUAAAUCCUGGAAUUGUUCACUGUUUUCCAGCUGUGUGUGCAGGACCCGUGUUAGAUCUGAACAGAAGUUGACCUAAAAGGAUGUGAGUUUGUACUGCAGUUUGACAAAAAAAAAAAAAAAAAAGUACAAAAUGUCAUUGCUGUGUGGAUACAGUCUGUACAGUGUGUACAAAUAAAUGUCUUCUUACAGA